AUGCGGUGGUCGCGGGCCCGGGCGCGGUUGGCCCGGUUGGGGCUGUGUCUGUACGCGCUGCUGUCGCUGUUGGCCGCCUACAGCGUCUUCUUCGCCCGCCCGCGCCGGGGACCGACCCGCGUACGAUCCGCCGCCUCCGCCGCCGGGCCCCGCAGGCUCCGGCCCGACCCAGACCAUGGUUCUCUGACAAGCGAUGAAUGGAAUCCUUGGGAAGGAGAUGAAAAACUGGAGCAGAUCGCUUCCCAACACAGAUAUGAAAGUAACCUUCAGAGGCUAAAAAAUCAGAAAUUUCAGGAUGAACCAGCGGACCUCAGGGUGCAGAUAUGGGGCAAAGCUGCAAUCGGUCUUUAUCUGUGGCAACAUAUCUUUGAAGGCCUGCUAGAACCUACCGAUGUCAAAGCUCAGUGGAGAGAAGGCAGUUUGAAGGCAGGAAGAACACACUUCAGUUUCAUCACAGGCCCUGCCGUAGCCCCAGGUUACUUUUCCGUGGAAGUGGAGAACGUGGUCCUGGUUUUAAAUGGCCGAGAAGAAACGAAGAUCUCCUUCGCCACCCAGUGGCUGCUGUACACAAAAACGUUGGUCCAAGCUCAGAGGUUGCAGCAUCUUGCGGUCGUGUUACUUGGAAACGAGCAGUGCAAUAAUGACUGGAUUAGCCCGUACCUCAGAAGCCACGGAGGGUUUGUGGAUCUGCUCUUCAUAACAUAUGACAGCCCCUUGGUUAAUGACCAAGAUGUUUUCCAGUGGCCCUUAGGAGUAGCAACUUACAGAAAUUUUCCAGUGGUGGAUCCCAGUUGGUCAAUGCUGCAUGAGGAACGAUCAUACUUAUGUAAUUUCUUGGGAACCCUUUAUGCAAAUUCAUCCAGAGAGAGUUUAAUGGAAAUUCUGAAACACAAUGGAAAUGAUAAACAUUGUUGGGUUACGGGCAGACAACAGUGGCAGCCUCAAGAAACAAAUGAAAGUUUUCAGAACUAUCAAGACGCACUACUCCGGAGUGACCUCACUUUGUGCCCCGUGGGAGUGAAUACCGAGUGCUACCGACUGUACGAAGCCUGCUCCUAUGCCUCGGUGCCUGUUGUAGAAGACGUCAUGACCCCGGGAAAUUGCGGAAAUACAUCUUCGUCCCAAAGGGCUCCGCUACAGUUACUUAAGACCAUGGGGGCUCCGUUCAUCUUUAUUAAAAGCUGGAAAGAACUGCCUGCUGUUUUAGAGAGAGAGAGAAAGAUGAGUUUGCAAGAAAAGAUUCAGAGGAGAAAAAAGCUGAUUGGAUGGUAUCAGCAUUUCAGAGCACAGCUGAGACUGAAAUUUAUUAAUGCUUUGGAAAGCUCAUUUUUGGCAAAAGAGAAUGGAGGUUAAUGGUUAGUCGUCCACUUGUGAAGCUUUCAGAAUUGGGUGAACACUGCGUACGUAUGUGGUUGGGUGUGUGGGUGGAUUGGGAAGGUAAAGGGUUUGUGCAUCCUAAACUAUAUUCAAAUUUAAGGGGCUUCUGUCUCAAUUGAAUGAGGUAGACCCCUGACCUUAAACACCAUGGCUUGGUUGGUUACCCAUCUAUCUUAUUUAUGACUCUUAAAUCAUGCCAUUUUAAGAUUUCGUAAAAUCAGUUUUCCUUUAGGCCCCAGAAGCAUGGGUGUCUAUUCCUCGUGGCCAGGGUGGGGGUCAAAAGCGAGUGGGGAUUUUGCGAUCACCCAGGAGGGAGGGGCAAAGGGGACAACAGGCUUCUAGAACUAAUAGGCCAGAAAGCCACCGUGAUGACAUGUUCCACUGGCUCCCAUGUUUAGGAGAGAGUGGAGGUAGUGCGAGUCACGAUACGAUGAUGGUGAUGGUAAUUUGUUAAGCGCUUAAUUGCGUGUCAAGUAGUGUUCUAAGUGCUGGGGUAGAUACAGAUUUAUCAGGUUGGACACCUUCCCUUUUGCCCCUUACCCAAAUCCUCAGCUUGGACCUUGGCGCCGAUUGAGCUCCGGUGAGGAGAAGUCCCACCAGCUCGUAUCCUUGGCGUCAUCCUUGACUCCGCUCUCUUAUUCAGUCCACUUAUCCAAUCCGUCACCAAAUCCUAUCAGCCUCAC